GAGGAUAAAUUUAUAUUCUUGUCAUAUAGUACAUGCUCCAAUCUUUAGGCUAUCAAGUGUCUAUGUAACUUAGGCCUAUAUGACUUCUUCUUCUUCUAAGAAUGAAUGUAUUCUUCUUCCUAUGUCCGGAGUCGGUUGUGAGGUUAUGUAAUGUCCUCGUUACUUCAUGUGUGUGCUGUUGUGUAGUAACUAUAAUAGACAAUAAAAUGUUCCAUAUCCACAUCAUUGCGCGUCAUUUAAUAACCCUAACAGUGGUUAUGGGCCCAGAGGCCGUUUGUGGAUAUGGAUAUUAAUAACUGGAACAUUGUGAUAUCAGUUUGUUCACGGGUUCGUGAGUAACGAUUGAUCCUAACCUACACAUAGGUUGUGCCGUGUGCGACUACGUGAGACUUUUGUUCUUUGUUCUGAAGACAGUACCGACAAAAAAUGAGUGCUUCUUCAGGUCUACCUAUUGUUGAAAAACUGCAGGGGAGGGAAAACUUCUCAACUUGGAAAUUUGCAAUGAAGGCCUAUCUCGUACAUGAUGACCUUUGGGAUGUCAUAGAGGAAACCCCACCGGACCCCAUCAGUGAUAACUGGAAGAAAAAAGACAAGAAAGCCCAUUCAAGAAUAGUUUUAUUUGUGGAUAAGAUUAAUUAUUCUCACAUCAGAGACACUAGAACGGCUGCAGAAGCUUGGAACGCCCUGGAAAAGGCCUUUGAGGAUUCUGGCUUAACAAGGAAAGUUGGCCUACUAAAAACCUUAGUCACAACCAUGCUUGAAAAAUUGGCAAGGUUGGAACUGGAAUGCCAUUCAGAAGAAAGGGAGAAAACCACAGCUAGACACAACUUGGGUGAUUUUGUACGAAGAUUGUCCACGGCUCUGGGAACAGAGGGCCCCGAACCUACAAGUCAAGAGGGACUCAUUCACAAGGCUUCAGAACUGGUCCAGGAGACGAGUAGGCUGCGUAACCGCUCAGCUAACCUUGCAGACACGCUGUCUAGUGUGGAGGUGGAACUUCGUAGCUGCAGAGACGCUCUUGAGCGAGCUCUAGCGGACAGAGACGAGCUACAACGACAAGAAGCUUGUCAUACCGCGGAGAUUGAUAGACUUAGGCAGGAGAAAGAAAAUCUAGAAGUUCAGAAACACUGUUUGGAGAGAGAUCUUCAGGAACUUAAAGAGAGAUAUAACUCUGUGAGUCGUCAACUAGGAACCGCAACUGGUGACAUAGCUGCCAAGGAAGUUCAAAUCUGCAAUCUGAGAGAUGAUCUAAAACAACGUGAAGAAAAAGGCCAAAGACUGCAGAACGAGUUGCGGCACUUACUAGAGUCGCUGGCCAUCCUGUUAAGCACACCGUGUCGCUUCGUAGAAUCUCAGGAGUGUGCUGUGAAGGAUAGGAUACGAGAAUUGCUCAAUGAUAACAAGGAUAAGUCUUCGCAAUUGGACCACCUGAAAGAUAAAGUGUCUGCCCUCAAGUCACAAGUUCACGGUUUACAAGAGUCUCUGGAUCUCGCCAACGUGAGGAUACGUAACCUGGAAGACGACAAGUCAACUGUUAGUUCACGACUUCAUAACACCGAGGCUCAACUCAGCUCCUGCGAGGCAGUCAAGGAAAACUUAAGAAGAGACAAAGUUAUUUUCGUAACGUUCCUUGACCGUCUUGCUCGAGCAUUGAACAUGGACGAAAUCUCCAAGGAAGUAGGAGUCGAUCUGCAGACCGAGUCAUUGUUGAUGAGAGCUGAGCAAUUGACUCGUCUAGAGAGUGAUAAAUUGAUUGACAAGUUGUUGUUGAGUUACCCAUACUGCACUACGAUUCCUCGCCUCAAACGUGAACGCUCAUGUUGCUAUCCACGAUGUGAAUCCGCAGUAGUGUACCAGCUGCAGCGGAGAGUUCGCACUCUGCGAGAUCAGCUGCAGAGGAGAGAUCUGCAUCUGGACUUGCUGCGGAGGAAACUUAACCUCCACGAGGACCACUGCAAGGUCCGAUCUCUUCUGGAGGCUGAGAGAGACGAUGCUAACCAGAGAGUGAAGAAAUUGGUAAAGCAAGCAGACAAGUUGCAGUUAGACUUGAAUGACGCCAGAGCAGAAAUACGAGACCUGAAACUACAACUGGGCGAAGCUGCAGACUACAAGACAACAGCCAUAGAAAGAGCAAGGAAAAUAGAGGAGCUACAGAAGCGCCUCUUAGAUUCUGAGGUGUUGCGAACUCGAUGCACUCGGAAAGUAAACUUGCUCAAAGAUCAGGUGAAGACGACAUCAGACACGUUGGAACAUGAGAAACACAUGUGUGAUCGAACCAAGAGCAUGCUGAUUGAAGAUUUGGCCAAGAUUAAAGCUGACCUUUCAGAUACCCUGAGGAGAGAAAAUUCUCUUAACAGUUUCCGGAGCUCUGUUGUGAGCCUGCUUGGACUGGAGACAACGUGUCCAGACUACGAGAUUAUCGGGCGGCUGACCAAGGUUAUGAAUGCUUAUAGAGAGUUCUCGUCAGUCUCGCGUCGCUAUGACGACCCAGUACUGCCCCAUGUACAUGUCUCCCCUCGCCGCAGCCCCGCCCGGACAAGUCCCCGUAGAACUCCCCGCUUCUCACCUGAUCACAAGACUCCUCGGUACGACGACUCGGGUUUCCUCGACCCACUGGAUGACGACUCUGACUUGAACAGUGUUUAUAAUAAAAGGUCAUAUCGGCCUUCGUGACACGACUGUUGCUAAUGGGAUCGUAUAAUAGAGUAGAUUCUACAAUCUAAUGAGGAAUAAAAAAAAAAGUGGACCGCUUUAGUAUUCAAGUGAAAAUCAUAAAAAUGAAAGUAAAAAUGUAGAAGAAUAUGGUGAGGAUAGAAACCUAUGCAGGUACAUUUUUCUUGUACUACUUUGAUGACACCCCUAAUACGGCACUCAACAUUUUGGGGUUAUCACCUAACCUUGACUAGGCCUUUUGAUUGAAUUAGACAUUUUAUCCAUGUUUAAGUUGUCACUAGUUUUCAAAUGGAUGUACAGUAGACUCCCUCUUAUCCGGACACCUUUUAACCGGACAAGUUUUAUCAGCACAUCGGUUUAACCGGCAGGAAGUGGGCGGUACUGAAACGACUGUUCUCUUGGGAAAGAUUUUAAACCUGUGAUCACGUGUCUAAAUACAAUGCUCUCCUAAAUGUAAGUCAAAUACUGUAUACAGUAUGUGUUUAAAACGGUCCGUUUUAACAAGUUUUUGGAAAGUCAGUUUAACCGGAAAACCCGUUAUCCGAAUUGGCCUUGGUCCCGAGGAGUCCAGAAAAUAGUGAGUCUGCUGUAGGUGAUUGAGUCACAGACAGAUUGUGUUAAAGUAAAUUACUGUUUAUGUACACUUUUUUUUACCAAGCCAAAUCAAUAGGACGACUUUGGUAAGCUGCAGCAUCUUUUAUGUGACAUUAACUAUUUCCAAUGUAAAUUAAAACAGUAGUUCCAGUAACAAAACCAAUGGAGAAAAUAGUAUUUUGGACUUUAGUACACUCUGUGAGUGACUGAUUGAACUAUGCAGUAAGCUCUAAAAUAAUAAUAAAAAAAUAAUAAUAAAAAAAAUAUAAAAAUAAACGGUAUCAGCUUUCUGACACAUACUUUCUCCCAUAAGUUUGUCAAAAACCUUUAUCAUGUGUAAGCGGUGAGAGUAAAUAUACGGAAAUGGGAUUUGUAAGA